AUGAACACAUCUCGUAAUAGUGACCUUGGGACUUUCCUUUUCACUUCGGAAUCAGUUGGAGAAGGCCAUCCAGAUAAAAUCUGCGAUCAAAUAUCAGAUGCUGUUUUGGACGCCCAUCUUGCGCAGGAUCCAGAUGCUAAAGUAGCCUGCGAAACCGUUACUAAAACUGGCUUGGUAAUGGUCUGUGGUGAGAUUACUUCUAAAGCUGUAGUAGAUUACCAGAGAGUCAUCCGGAGUACAAUUGAGAAAAUUGGAUAUGACGAUUCUGCAAAAGGCUUCGAUCACAAAACCUGUAACGUUUUGGUGGCUCUAGAAGAGCAGAGCCCAGAGAUUGCCAAGUCUGUGCAUUUGAAUAAAAGUCCAGAAGAAAUUGGUGCCGGUGAUCAGGGAAUGAUGUUCGGCUAUGCUACCGAUGAGGCAGAAGAAUGCAUGCCUUUGACUUGUGUUUUAGCUCACCAGUUGAAUCAAAAGAUGGCAGAGUUGAGACGUAAUGGAGUCGCUUCUUGGCUACGUCCUGAUUCUAAAACCCAGGUUACUAUUGAAUAUCGGGAUGAGAAUGGGGCUUGCAUUCCAUUACGCGUUCAUACUGUUGUCGUUUCCGUACAACAUUCCGAAUCGAUGUCUGAAAGAAUGGACGAUCUGAAGAAAUUGAUUAUGGAAAAAGUUAUCAAAGCAGUAAUACCUGCAAAAUAUAUAACGGAUGAGACCAUCUAUCAUAUCAUGCCUUCUGGCCAGUUUGUGAUUGGUGGCCCUCAGGGAGAUGCCGGUUUAACAGGACGUAAAAUUAUUGUUGACACCUACGGCGGUUGGGGAGCCCACGGUGGAGGAGCUUUUUCUGGCAAAGAUUCUUCAAAGGUUGAUAGAUCGGCUGCUUAUGCUGCGCGUUGGAUAGCUAAAUCUUUAGUUCAUGCCAAACUAUGCAAGAGAGCACUCAUUCAGAUAUCAUAUGCUAUUGGCGUUGCCGAACCACUAUCUGUUGCAGUUUGGCACUAUGGUACAAGCAAGAAGACUACUGCAGAGUUGUUAGAAAUUAUUCACAAGAAUUUCGAUUUGCGGCCAGGCUGCAUCGUACGUGACCUCGGAUUGAAGAAUCCAAUAUUCCAAGAGACCGCCAGCUAUGGUCAUUUCGGCAGGAAUAAAUUUCCAUGGGAGAAGCCAAAACAACUAAAUCUUUAA